AUAGACCCCGGCUCCCUCCCAUCCCUCUCUAUAUGUUGUGUGUACUCUGACCCAAAAAGCAGCCUUAUCUUAAACUGCAAGCCAGCAAACAUUGAAUGGAGGGACCAUGGGGCUGUGGAUGCUUCUCCUUCUGCAUUUACACCUUGCUAAUGCUCCCUGGUUUGGAUGUGGGGAGGAAGUAUGGGGUGUGUGUUUCCCUCCCUGCACCUUCCAACGUCUCCAUCUCCUCCUACAACAUGGAGCACACACUCCGCUUCCUGCCUGGCCUCGACACUCCCUCUGACACCAACUUCACUGUUCAAACCUUCAGCCCCAGGAGAAGGAACGUAUGGAGACCAGUGGCUGCUUGUUCGGAGCUGACGGCCGGUCAGCCGUGUAACCUAACACGAACGUUCAAGGACCCAUUCGUCCGCUACAGAGCCCGCGUCCAGGCCUUCAACGCCACCCAGACGUCCCCGUGGACCGUGUCUGGCCAGUUCCAGCCGCUGUCGGACACUGUUCUGGGACCGGCCGUGUCGGUGUCCGGCUGUGGGAACUGUCUGCUCCUGCACAUAAGAGGUCCAACAUGGGGGCAGCUGAAAGACUUCUACAGAGAACUCAUCCUCCAUGUGCAAAGGACAAGGGAUGGUGUCAGUUGUGAGGGCGAUGGCACACCACCCUCAAUGCACGUUUUCAUCCCCAACUAUAAAGCAAGCUGUCCCGUAUCCAUCUCAAUUUCCGUGCCAGGCUUCCUGUCCAUCUGCCCUCGCUUGAUCCCAAGGGCACUUCCUGGGGAGCCAGUUGGCUGGCUGCGAGCCAUGUCCAGCACCCCCCUGGUCUGCAACCUGACCGAGGCCUUCUCUACCCAAAUCAUCCUACAUACCCAGGUUAAGCAGUGCGGGCGCACAGGCUCAGAGCCGUCACCACCAGACACUGCCAUCCAAAGACAGGUACCCAAGUCUUUGAGACGAGUGCCCGUGGAAUCGGUCCUCUGGCGAGAGUACUGUGUCCUCAACCCUGGAUCUCAGCCUGUUGAUUAUGUUGGUGGGUGUUUGUUUGGCCGUCGUGGCCGUGCUGGUCUCUACGUUUUCAUCUGUCUGAAGAGGAGGUCGCUACCAUCAGUCCCUGCAGUGGGCGUCGGUGGUAGCACACCCCCGCUCAUAUUCACUGGAGAACAAUGUUAA